AUGUUCAGCAUUUGCACCACCAGGUUUCUGGCUUCUUUUCAAUUGGACUCUGGGCGUAGCGCUAGUGUUUCCGUUUUUGCUGAAUUUUUUUUCUAUACAAUUCAAACAAAAGGUGUGAAAACUGUAAAUUCGUUUAAAAAUAAACUAAAAAAAUAUCUAUACACGGAUAGGGUUUUGUUGUAUGGACAAGAUGGAAGAACCUUUAUAUACAGCGUGUCCUGCAAGGUAAUUGACAUAGUGAAAUGGUAGGUAGUAUAUUACGAAUAGAAAAUGAAAUAGUUCUAAAUUCAUUUUUUAUGGAUAUACAAGGUGAUUUAUGCUAAAUAUGUUAAUAAUGUAUUUGUUUGCUACACAUUCGUUAAGUCGUCGAGGCAUUGAUUGGAUUAGGUGAUUGUUGUCUUCUUGGUGUAUUGUAUCCCAUGCCAUCUAAAUUUGAUUUCGUAGGGCCUCCAAGGGGUGAAUUUUUCAAUCUCCUUUCCAUGACCCAUACAUGUUGGAUGGGGGAAGGAUCUGGAGAUCGAGGAGGCCACUGAAGCAGAGUUACUCGGGACGCUUCUAAAAAGUCUAAACUAACACGUUCAACAUGAGGUCGUGCAUUGUCCUGCUGAAAAAGUGGAUCUUGCAAUGUUUCCGUAAAGGAAAGCAGAUGUUGUAAAGCUUCGUGGAUAUAGGGCAGUCAUUUCCUUCGCGACCUGGUGCCGUAAGCAAUGGCACCCCAUACCAUAACACCCACAGUGCGAUGAAUAUACCGUUCGAUGGAAUAUUGGACGUGUUCCGAGUUCACCACGGAUCUUAGUUACUCUUGCAACGGCCAUGGUGUGCAAAAACAGAAUCUGAAAACAUCGUUGAACACGGCUGAGUUCCAUUCCUUUUCCAUUCAAGUAUCUCUCUACUCAUCCAUACCAAUCGUUGUCGACCAUGUUGUGGGUUCAGUGUGAAAACAGUCCAAAAGACCUUAUUCGGCGAUAAACUAUCCUCAUUCUGAUUUCCCUUCCGACAACAUCAAACCACUAGUUCGCAACUACCACCUUGUUGUGGAAAAUCGAUCUCUGAGUGAUAGAUGUCUCACAUAACGAUGCUGUCGCUCUGUAAUCAGUCUUUCACGUCCAGUACCUCUAACUCGUCGAUUUCGGACUUCUUGGAACCACGCUCGACAACAUCUCAUUACAGUAGCUUCGUUUCGAUUCACCCGAUUAGCGAUUUCUCUAAAAGAAAAUCCUGCUUCAUGUAAUCGGAUUAUACGACCCUUCUCAUACUCGGCAGGUUGAGGGAAAUUAGUGCGUCUGCAAACUCUAGGCAUGAUAAUGCAAUGAAUAAACAAUAAAACAAAUCGAACCGAUACAGAAAGAUCACUGAAUAUUUAGUAAACAUGUUCAUAUUGCUCGGAUCCUGAUAUGACAAAAAAACAUUUUAUCGGCGUAUACUUCCAUGAUAGCAAAUAUUUUUAGUAGUUUUUAUAAAAUUCAAUUAAUAAUUCUGGGUGUUGCAUUUUAUAUGUCACUCAGUAUAUAAGUAUAAGCCCGCCAAAUCUUUAUUAUCACAUAUUUCACGCACUGUUGAAUCGAUUUUGAUGAAAUCUUAAACAAUAAUAAAGUUACCUAGGAGUUACUAGUUACUUAAGUCUAGUCAAGCGGUAAAAAUAUCCAGGGGCUGAUUCGAUUGUUUUAAAUUUUUUGCAUUUUCCAAAAUCAAAACCUUUUAAGCUGGAUAUUGAAGUGUUUGAAUUGAAAUAACGUAGUUUUGGGACCUCAAAAUUCCAGGGUUGGAGUCAGAUUCCUUUAUUUGUUUACAUUUUAUUAAGUCCUAUACGCUCUAUUUAUUAUCAUUUCAAUGAUAAAAGAUUACAAUAUGAUAUAAAUAGAAUAUAAUUUACAAUCACAGCAACAAUUUUUUAGUGAGAUAAUUCUAUCAAGUGUUUCUGCUUCGAAGCGAUUUGGUAUCCAAUAUACAAAUGCACUGAAUUUGACUUUCCAGAUGAACUACAAUAAUCAGAAAAAUGUAGACAAACCUAAUGUACCCGUCCGAACUUAGCAUUUUUAGCAUAGUUACCCUUAACAUGCUUUCACCAAAAUCCUACAUCAGAUUAAGCUACAUAAUGCACACAUAGGUGAAUCACACAAGAAAAUGUCAAGGUCAGAUCUACAUGUAAUAUCUUUGUAAAAUUUUAAGUUAAUUUCAACAAAAUCUGGAAGGUCAAAUUUAAUGAAUUUGCAUACUGAAUGCCGUUUCCCUUUUGAGUAAACUCCUGUUGCUGUCACUUGAUAAAAUUAAAUAAUUAAAAAGCCUAUCGAAAAAAAAAAUAGAUAGCGUGCGUAAUAUUGUCCUUUAUUUAUGUCACCCAUUUAUUGUUCUUUCUUCUGCAAAAUAACAAUCAGUUACAGGGCUUUGCACUUAUUAAAGUACAAACAAAUGAAAGAACUGCAUCUGGCCCUGGAAUUUUGAGCACUCGAAACAUCUUCAGCUCAAUUCUAAGCACUAUUUUGUGAAAUUUUGAUGAAUUCGAGUUUGUAGCAUUUAAGAUUUUGAGUUUAAAAGUUAGAAAUAAGAUAUUGAAAUAAAUAAAGGUGUUUAGCUAAAGACCAUCAUAAGCGCAAUCAAUCUGUACUGCUAAAUAAUAAGCACCUCUCAUUGGCUUUUUUGCUAAAGCCCAAAAUACUUAAGAAAACAGAGUAUGGUCCUUACCAUAUUUACCUUACAGGUAAGUCUCCAUACUAUCUGUAAAUUUGGACAAGCACACAAAGGACCACAGGUAAUAUGCACUGGUAUUUCACAUUCCAAGGGGUUUUUUGGUAAGUAACUGCAACUAACAGUUUUAAAAUAAUAGUCUUUACAAACGUCCAGUUUGAUGUGUCGGAACGAAGUGUCACUCACAUAACGUAUAUGUACCUACGAUGAUAGAUCAAUCAAAAUACAUUACACUACCUACCAUUUCGCUACGUCCAUUUUCUCACAGAACACACCUUCUACUGAGUGGAUAAAUGUAUGGACCUUGUAGUUUCGACAGCCAAAAGUUACUCCUAGAAAAAAUGCUCUUGCCAAUACUAAAUCAUGGUUGUACCAAGAUGGAUGGAUGAGGCAGGAAAAAUAUAAACAGCGCCAUCGAUUUUUUUUAAAUAUCAACCUCAUAUUUUGAAUAAGAAAUUUAACACCUUUGGAUAUUUUUGUCAAACACCUUUUUUGGAAAAAAACGGUUUGAGCAUAUCAAAGUUAGUAAGGUUUGACAUUACAAACCACAUAAAGCCCUUCAAAGCAGUAAUAGUACCUCACUUCUACGAUUUGAUGAUAAUAAUCACUGGCAUAAAAAUUCACAACGCUAUGUACUUCUUCUGAGGCCUUUGUUUAGGAGCUUUUCGUACUAUAUUUCGGUAUAUUUCAUGCUCUACAAAUAGUGUGAGUGACUUUUAGAUCACCCUGUAGAAAAACGAAUUGUUAUACACAGUUGUGUUUUCAGGAAUCUUGCGAUUUCAUAAACAGCUCAGCAGCUAUAUUCAUACCAAUCAUUCAUCACUCUUCAUAUGAUUGCAAUUUUUCAUUUCACUCUAUCACAAUGAAUUGGUACAAUCACGAAGAGGCUUUCAAUGUGUUUACCAAAGCAAUGAUAAUGCAUCGCCUAGUGUCAUCUUUUGUAUUACAUCACAUGGAUCUCACUGGAAAUGAUUUCACUUAAUACAUAGAAAGUAAUUCUUUAAAAUCAAAUUGGUCAUAUUUUCAAAAAACCCUUGAAAUGUUCCGACACUGACCCUGGGAGAGGUAUUGUAAAAACCAUAAAUCUCACAAGUCGGUUCUGCUAAGACUAAACAAAGGUUUCAGCCACACGGGUUCAGUAUCGGUAAAACAUUAUGGAAAGUUGGUCGAUACAACUUUAAAUUGAGAAUGUAUUCCCCAUGCUGCACCGCCUUGUUCUUUUUCAUAAUAAUCGCAAACAACAUAGAUAUCAAUCUUAAAUUGAAUAAAAAUAGCAGUAAUUGUUGGAAAUAAUUAAUUUUGAUCUUAAUCUUAGGACCAUGAGAUAAAAAUGGAGAUAAAGCAUGGACAUAAGUUGAAUAAAAGUAAAACUGUAUGUGAAACAUGAAAGAAAUGCAAUUUUUAUUUAUAUAAGUUCUGAAGCAUCCACAUAUUGAUCCUUCGUAGAAAGUAUAUAGUCUUUUUCACGAGUACCCAUUACGGUAGAAUGAUUAACUAGUACUAUUUCAAAAUUCCCAAUAUUGGCAAAGGACACGUAAUUCUGACGGGUCUGGCAGUGCCUGGUAGACAGAGUCACAUUGUGUUUUGGUUUCUUGUAAAAAAGUCAUUUGCAUACAAAAAACAAAACGCAAACAAGUCUUACUAGAUUUACACCCGAUUCAUUGUUGCCAACGUUGCACACCUACACAAAAAUGUAACUUUCUGAUCACCUGUUCACCUCAAUAGACGUCAAAACAUGAUGGAUACUCGUGAAAUAGAGUUUAUAUACGCAUAACAACGCAAUAUUUUAAAAAUUCAAGAGAAGAGAAACAAAAAAUAUGUAUUCAACCGUCAAACAUGAAACAAAUAAUUUUUCCCAUAUAUACAAAGAACUAUAUAAGGUAUUGAUAAAAUUGCUUCAAGAGAAAGUUGUAGAUAAUGGUAAUGCCUUCAAAAUGUUAUAUGUGUAUCGGUCAAUUUCCAAAUACAUUAUUUAAGGAAAAGUGCACACCAGAAAACAACGAAGUAGAAACCACAAUUCAAAUGUUUUGUAGUGAACUCCACAUCUACAAAAAACAAAGUUAAUGGUCACUCUCUUCAAGAUGUCCAGCGCCGUAGCUGCUGGAACAGUUUAGUCAUUUGGGGUAUAAUUUUAAAGGUCUUUCCAUCAUCUAAAGCUUUUCUGUAUGCAACUCAAGUGAUUCUAAGUGUAUUGAUAUGCGUAUUUUUUUUCUAGACAGGAUGCAUUUCUAGGGAGUUAGUCUGACCUACAAUGCUGGAAACGUUGCUAAUGUUUUUUUUUUCGCUUAUACGCACCAAAUAACCUCCCGUACUUUGUAUGGGCACAAACUGGUUGUCAUUCAAACAUUUCUGCUGGUACACCUCUGGAUACAGUCCUCGGAUGUUAGUUCCUUUUAGAGCGAUUAUGUAAAUAUCAUAUAAUUUCUCAAAGAUGAAUCCGUUAAAAAAAAUAAAGUCAGAAAGUCCUUUUAUACCUUCAUUCCCUGUGUUUUAAUCGUUACAAAAAAUAUAUGUGAUACGCUGUUACAUUUACAGCUUAUGAGCAGAAAGUGUUUAAAGCUGUCGUUCUAUACCUGAUUUGUCAUUUCUAAACGAAACAUGACGUUGUAAAUAUAACUUUAAUAUACUGUUAUAGUUUCUUAGUUUAUAAGUAAAUUUAAGAAACUCCCUCUAUACAAGCACAUGUUUUAUUAUUUUUCUACCAUAAAAUGUGAUGAAUAUUGAAACUUUAUGGAUAAAUAAAUGAAAUUUUAUUUUA